CCUCCGUAUUCCACAUUCACCCUUCACACCUCGACCUUGCAGCCAUGAGCAACACAGAGAUCGAACAGCGCUGCAAUGUGCUACGAAACGACUUGAAAGCAUGGGAAAAGAAAUUCGCGUCUCAGAACAAUGGCAAGAAAGCUGGGCGUGGAGAUAUCAAGGCGGAUGCUACCAUUUCCCAGAAAUACAAAGAAUACAACAAGCUACGCGACCAACUCUCCGGCAAAGCAGCGCCUCAGACACCCUCGAAACAGACUUCAAGCCGCAAACUCGCAUACGAUGGUGACCGAACACCGAAAGCACCACCCAAGCCCCUUGUAUUCACACCACUCAAGCGGAAGAGGGAGGACGACCUGGAAUCGGAAGCUGCAGACGAUGCAGCUGAAUUUCUAUCACCACAAGGACCCACUGUUAUUGGACCGACUCCGCAGCGCGACGGCAUAGUACUCGGCUUGUUCGACCUUAUUUCAGCAGAAACACCGAGCAAGAAGAGGGCUGUCUUGGUGGAUGUAGAGCCAAACGCGCUACAAACACCGAGUAGGAAGAUACAUAAGGCAGCGAGCGAGGGCUCACUAGAGUCAAGAGCGCGAGGGGACAGGACACCACUGUCUGCUGGGAAGAGGUUUAUUUUCAAUCAAUUUGUCACGCCGAAGAAGAGAAGGUUGGAUGACGAGGGCACGCCGACGUCUGCUUUGCCAGGGCUGGCUACCCCUGCGUUCCUGCGACGAGACAACGCCUUGACUGUGAUUGAUGAGACAGACGAGGCGACACCGCGCCCAGCACCGUGGAAAAGGCGUGGUCUGGGUAUGGGGAGGAGUCUUAGCUCUAUGAUCCAGGCUAUGAAGAAAGAUGAAGACGAUAGGCUCGACGAAGAAGCAGACAUUAUGCGCGAAUUAGAGAUGGAAGAGGAUGAUUAUCCCAUGCCGAGGAAGGUUAGAUUGCCAGAAGUCCAGGUCGAGGAUAGCCAAGCAAUGCCUCUGGGUCCUGAUCGAGGCGAGGAAUCCGAGGAAGAGAGUGGAUCGGAUUCCGGGCUGGGUCCGAAUGGCAAGCCGAGAAAGGUGUGGAAGAAGAAGGGGCUCAAAAGGCAGACACGACGCGUCAUUAUGCGGCCAAACUUUGUCAAACCCCAAGCUCCCCCGCUCCUUGAAGUUCAAGACGAUGAUGAUAAAGACAAGAUCGAACAAUCAGCCGUGCCUGAAACUCAGGUACAGUCUAACGGUCAUGACGACUUUGGCUCGGACGACGAUGAAUCGGAGUAUGCGAGCGACGUCUCACAUUCCACAAAGAAGCGCAGGGACUUGCCCAAGAAGGUGGAGGCGCCGAAGAAGGAGGGCAUUGUUAAGACGGCGGCGCGUAAGAUCAAGGCUACUGCGCAUGCGAACUAUCAGAGACUAAAGAUUAGGGGUAAGGGUGGGAAUGGGAAUGGUGGGAAGGGAAAGUUUGGCUAUGAUGCGCCCUGGCGAUCGGCGUACGCUUACACGCCAAGCUCUGCGGCGGCGACUCCAUAUCGAGCUCCACCCAAGCUCCCACCAACAAACACGACAACCGUAACCACGCCUACAACCCACCAACCACUCCGACCUCGCACCACCUCCCCAUUCUCUCUCACCGACCUCACAGCGCCGCACAAGAUGGCCGAAAAAGAACUCUCGCACGUGCUCCAGCAGCUCCGCCACACGCUCCAAACACACAACUACCACCAAUCCACAUCACUAUUGUCCAAAGCCAAAGUCGCGCUGCUCAAACUCAACGCCCUCAUCCCCUCGGAAAAGAGCUCGCGGAAAAACCUGCAGCUGGCGCGCGAAACCCUCGAGCUCGGCGCCAUCAUCUCCAUCCGCCUCAAAGACACCGUCUCCUUCACGCGCUACUUCCAGCAGCUGCAACCCUUCUACUCCCUGCCCGAGUCGGCGCUGCCUCGCCAUGGCGGGAACGCGAGCAAAGUCACGGGUCUGUACUUGCUGUUGCUGCUGAGUGACGGCGACUACGCGGGGUUCCACACGCUGCUCGAGACACUGGAGGUGGCGGCGGCGCAGGAGAAGCGGCGUCUGGACGACGAUGCGUUUGUGCAGUACCCGAUCCGGUUGGAGCAGGCGCUGAUGGAGGGGAGCUACGAUAAGGUGUGGGCGGAGCUCAAGGGCGAGCGGGUGCCGAGUGAGGAGUUUGGAAUCUUCUCAGAGAUCCUCAUCGGCACCAUCCGCAAGGAAAUCGCGUCCUGCAGCGAGCGCGCAUACCCCUCCAUCCCCAUCGCCGACGCCAAAUCCCUCCUCUUCCUCGACUCGGAGGGCAGCGUCGUCAGCUUCGCGAAGGAGUUGGGCUGGGUGGUCAAGGACGGGAGAAUAUACUUCCCGCAGCAGGAGGACGACUACCAGACCAAAGACAUCCUCGUCACGAGUGAUCAGGUCAUUGAGAACACGCUGGGCUAUGCGAGGGAGUUGGAGACCAUUGUUUGAGAGAUGAGAGCGAUGGGAGGCAGAGGAUUGCGGAAGUGCAGCGUGCGUGCUGUACGAUACUUUCAUCGGGGCUGUGAAAAGCACUGCGUUGGCGGCAUGCAGAGCACUAGAUUGGGCCUGGCAUGAUGAUAGACUCACGACGAUGAAAUGAUAUUAUGCUCUUCUGUGGAAUGGCAUGGAAUAGAUGAUACAUGGAGCUUUAAUCAUUAUCUCAUCUCAUAAUUUACAUUCAUGCGUUCAUGCGCAAUCCAGACGUUCACCUUUUCUCAUCCAAUACACGAACUACUCCGUUCCCUGUCUACCCAAUCUGUUCCAUAUAGUUCCAACCAAACGAAACAAAACCUCUCCAUUGUCAUCUAGUUUGCCAAAUUUGGAUUUACUUUGGGUUUGGAACGGCACUCCUCCGCCCCGACACAUCGUCAAGGUUGUCAUC